AUGCAACGGAGUCUUCUCUCCAAAUCGGAUCUGAAAAAGUCGGACACCGUUUGCGACCGCAUGAAAGACCUGGAGAUUCGCUGCGAGUUUGAGUCCUACGGCUGUCAACACGUGAGCGCAUUGAAAGAUCUCUCGCAACACAUGAGCGCCUGUGUCUACGAUCCCGACAGGAAGUGCACCACUUGUGGACUCAUUAUGGGUGACGUUCACAGACAUAAUUGCAUUCAACUUCUCAUUGAAGAGAUGGAAAAGUUUCGUCAGGAAAACAACUACUCGCGAAUCAUAAGUCCCGGACACGUGACCACCGAAAUGAUGUUACCCUUUGAGACACUGGCCCAGACAUCGGCCACCGGCGGCGGGAAUUCAAGUUUGCCCACAUCUCAGAUAGAGAUGACUCUCUCGUGUCGUAAUCUUCUCAAUAGAGACAUUACGUCUAAAUCAGAUCCCUUCUGUUUGGUUCAGAUGAGUGACGCCUGGAGUAAGAGUUACUACGAGAUCGGGAGAACCGAAACCAUUACCGAUAGCCUGAACCCCGAAUGGGUCAACAAGUUUAUCAUUAACUAUAGCUUCGAAACCGUACAGAAGUUACGGUUCGAGGUCUGGGACGUCGAUCCCAAUGGCAAAGAAUCGCUCGGACAUUACGAAACCACUUUAGCCGAUAUUAUGGCUUAUCCCGGCUGUCAGUUCGCCAAGAAGUUGUCGGGAAUGGUCGGCAACGGAGAGAUUAUUAUUGUGACCGAAGAGUUAUCGACGUGUAAACAAAUAGUUCACAUGGAGUUUAGGGCCAAAUCGCUGAAGAAGAUGUCGUGUAUGUGUAGUAAUGACCCGUUUCUGGUGUUUUCGCGCUCUAACGAAGACGGCACCUAUUCUGUGGUCAUGAAGACAAAAGCGGUCUUUUCAACGCAGAACCCCCUUUGGAUGCCCAUCACUAUGAGAGUCAGAUCCCUAUGUAAUGGAGAUUAUGACAGAACUAUUAAAAUCGAUUGUUUCGAUAAGCGAUCCAACGGUGACCACAAACUAAUCGGCAGUUGUUUCACAAAUCUGCGACAACUCACUCAAAAUACUGGUGAAAACAGUUAUCCGAUUGUAAAUGAGAAGAAAAAGAAUGACCAAAAUUACACGAAUAGUGGAUUCGUUGAAGUGGUCACUAUUUCAGUGGCCGAAGAGAUCACUUUUCUCGACUAUAUUCGUGGCGGAACUCAAAUGCAUUUCGCGGUUGCCAUCGAUUUCACGGCCUCUAACGGCCCGCCAAAAAAUCGGCAAUCACUGCAUUAUAUGGAUAACUCGGGCCGACCCAACCCAUACCAGAUAGCCCUUAGAAGUGUUGGCCAAGUGAUAGAGCCUUACAAUAGCGCCGGUAUUUAUCCGGCGUUUGGAUUCGGAGCGAAGAUCCCGCCGACUUGGGAAGUGUCACAUCUAUUCCACUUGAAUGGCAGUCAAUCGCAUCCGUACUGCAGUGGAGUGACUGAAGUGCUCGACCACUACCGCAAAACAUUAUCUUCGGUCACACUUUACGGGCCGACAAACUUCGCCGACGUUAUCAAUAACACGGCAUCCAUUGCCCGGCAAUACGACAACGGAAAGCAUUACUUUGUUUUGUUGAUCAUAACGGAUGGCAUUAUCUCCGAUAUGAUUCACACGAAGCGGGCGAUCAUUAAGGCGUCCAAACUCGCGAUGUCUAUCAUUAUAGUGGGCGUCGGGAACGCGAACUUCGCCGCAAUGGAUGAGUUGGACUCGGAUUACGUGAGACUGCAUUUGUACGGCGAGUACGCCGACAGAGAUAUCGUGCAAUUCGUGCCCAUCAAUAAGUUUGUCAACAAAAACGGCCGAUUCAUUAGAGCGGAGGCAGAUCUGGCCAAAGAAGUGUUGCGUGAAAUACCACAACAAAUGACUGGAUAUAUGAGAUCCAGAGGUUUCUUACCGUAUACUCGAGUGCCUAACAGUAAUACCGAUAAUACCAUAAUGUUUCACUCACAGCCCAUACACGCCGUACCGAAUGCACCCCCGCUUCCCAUCCCAUAA